AUGAAGUUCAAUGAGAAAAAUAUGGUGGCAUUCGCGACCUCUGCAACGCCAGUGGACCGCGAAGGCUGGCUAAAUAAACGCGGCGAGGUGAAUCGCGGAUAUCAAAGGCGAUGGUUCGUUCUCAAAGGAAAUAUACUGUUCUAUUUUGAUCGCCGCGGUGACAAAGAGCCCGUGGGUAUGGUUGUGCUCGAAGGUUGCACAAUCGAAUUAGCAGAGGAUGAAGAGCAGUUUGGUUUCAAGAUAGUCUUUCAUGGGCCAAACAACAGAAGUUACGCUUUAGCAGCAGAGUCUCAGGAAUCUAUGGAGCAAUGGAUGAAGGCGUUAGCCUGCGCUAGUUAUGAUUACAUGAAACUUAUGGUGACUGAGCUGCAACGUCAGUUGGAUGCUGUGGAGGAAGAAACAUCUUCAACACCAGUGCAGCAAUCGCCCAAGGCACCGCCAAGACAACGACAUAAUCCUUUCAACAGACCGGACUCACAUCACCGUUCCCAGAGCGUCAGAUCAGCACCUGGUAGGACAGAGAACGUACCCAGAACUAGAAUAACCUUUCGUGAGCUUCACACAGCAUACGGCAGGCGAAUCUUGGCCGACCUGAAUGCAUGGAGACAUGCGAGGAAAAACGCCGAGGCACCUCUAAUCACUCUAUAACUUUACACACAUUCUGUAGAUACUUGAACAAUAUGUACAUUUAAUUUCAAAAUGGUUUGAAUAGCCAACUAUCCAAUGAGAGAAUUGAACCUUAGGAACGAAUAAAAAACAAGUUCUCUUAUUGCGUCGUUAGCUGUAUUAGAAACUCCAAGUCGAGAAAAAGUGUUCAAAUUGUUUUGAAACCAAGUGUAUAAUCCAUAAAAAUUAUUAACUCAAGGUGUCAACUAUACACAUAGCAUUAACAAACAGAAGACUUUUAUAAAAAUGACCAUUGUAAUUUGUUAUAUUUAGCAUAUAUAACAAAUUACAAUACAUACAGUAUAUACAUAUAACUUAGUACACAUGUAACAACUUAUGCAUAUACACGUAAGAUUAACACUAAUUUAUUAUUCGUUUAGAUGAAAGAUGAUAGUAUUUCGCAUAGAGAAUUGAAUCUUGACUUGCGACUUUGAUUUACAGUGAUCUCUCUUGAAUUGUUUCUAAUUUAUUCCCUAUCGUUAACCGCGAUUAAGUGUCAGUAAUACGAUUAUCACAACGAGAUUAUUUUUAUUAACA